AUGUGCGAUAUUGCCGGGUCUACGCAUGAUGUGUUUACUGACUAUGUUUCCUCUAUCUCCGUGUCCAAGUUGGCCCCUAAAGUUUUUGGGUGUGUUGCCUAUGUUCAUAUGUACCCUCAUCAAUGGAGGGAUAGAGGGAGUGAAUUGGAGAGUCUUGGAUUGGAGAAUCUUGGACUUGAACUGCAUAAUGAUAUAUUUGAAGAUGUACUCUCAAGAAGAAAAAUACCCGGUCAUACUAGAGAAAGCGACCGGUCACCACAACUUGGAGUUGAAGAUGGUGCUCUCUGUGAAGAAACGACUAGUCGACAUUUGGAACUCGACCGGUUGACUGAGUCUGGCGAUGACAAAAUCGCUCUCUGUGAAGAAACAACUGGUCGACAGCCAAGAUGCGACUGA